UCAUUAAACAGACGUUCGUUACCAAUUAAGGAAAGCCAUGAAUAAACUUAAAAAAUACAUUAAAUUUACCUGAAUGGCAACCUACUGAAUUUAUCCUUCGCAUGAACCCUUCAAAAAGACUACAAUGUUUCAACAAACUAUUCUUGAUGACAUUUGGAACAGUGUAAAUAUUCGAAAGUCGAUAUUGACUUAGACUACGUCACAAAUAACAACGUGCUAAAGAUUGAUGUACUGCAACCUAACUAAUAGCUAAACUUUGAGCCACCAACAUUGCGACAUUGUUCCAAUAUGGUGGAUAGAGCGUACAAAAGAAUAACAACAAAGUGGCAUCACAUGAUGAUAUUCAGAAUUGGAUACAGAAAGUGGAGGAGGCGUCUAACCAUGCAGCCGAGCAAGUGUUUGGGGUUAGUGCCACAAGUGGCAGAUUGCGGGGUAAAGCAGCUGCAAGGGCCACUAAAGAGUACAUGCAAGUGGAUGAACAGGCCCACACUGAAGCACAAGAGCUACUGUCCCAAUGGAUGGAGGAGAAGGUGAACCUGUUGGGUGGCCUUGACCCUGAUAUCGACUGUAACUUUGAGGACGACGCCUGGGAGAAACACGAAAUCAAGUCGGAUGUGAAGAAGGAAUGGGACAACCUCCUGGCUAACAACUACGAGGAAUAUGGUCUACAUUUCCUGACUGGCGAUGACUCAAAAUACAAAGACUCCUCAGAUCUGUACAACCUGGAUGAGGACACUGCGGUUGCCACGGUAAUGAAGAGCAUGCUGGACAAGCAGGUGGUAAAGCAGGGGUUCAAGAAGGACCUGGGGCUGGACAGGUGGGGACAGGUGAAGGACCCCCGCAACAAGAUGGAGCUCAGGCAUAAACAGGUUAAAGAAAACCGCGAGAAAAGGGAGGCUGAGUUACGUCGUCAGAGAGAAGAGAGGCAGAAUCGUAAGAUAGUUCAGUCUGCGGCUCAACAGCUGGUGAGACAGGAAGAGCGCCAGAAAGAGCUGGACACGCGGAGAGAGGAGAUGGAAAUACGCAAAGAGAUGGCUAAAAUACGCAAAGACAUGCAGGAGGAGAGAAAAAAGAACGAAGAAAAACGAGCCAGGGAGCGAGAGUCGAGGCAGGAGACUGAGCUAGCGGCGCGUGUGAAGGUGGCGCACGACCUUGAGGCGGAGGACGGUCAGUCCAUCGAGAGCCAGCGCCUGUAUGAGGAACGACAACGCCUCCUAGCCCAGAGGGUUCAGCAGCUGGAGACAAGAGUUGCCGCUAACAACUUGAAGAUUCAGCAUCGCUUCUUCUCAGCCUGGUAUAACCUGGUGCUGGACAAGAGACUCAAGAUGGGCAAGGCGCGGGCCAUGUACGACUGGAAACUUCUCCUGCGAGUCUGGAAUGCCUGGCGUGGCUACGUGCGCAGUCGCCGGCUCGAGCUGGAAACACGUAGGCACGAGAUGGAGGUCAUUAGUACGCAGAGGAAUCAGCAGAUAGCAGAGAAGCACAGCAAGCUGUCACUGCUACGCAAGUACUUUUUGGCCUGGCAGGUGUACGUCACCAGUGAACAGGAACGACGGCGUCUCGAGCAGGAACAGAACAGCACGCGAAACAAGAUGGCCGCCUUGCUGGAGGCCGCUGCCAGCGGGAAACUUGGACUCGAGUCUCCGGCCCCAACACAACGGGACCAGCACUCGAGUCGCAAGGAGAGGAAAACAACGGCAGAGAAAAUUAAUGCCAUGUUUGAGAACAAGAGACAACUUCCAUUGAAUGGUCUAUCAGACUCUCUCUCAACCAAUCGUAGUGAAGCUCCGUCCAAUGGGCCACAACCACCUGGCCCCUCCCCCAACCAAUCACGGAUCCCGACAGAACCCUGGCAGGUCACGCGCAGACACCUAGAUCUCACCACGGAGGAAAUGGCACAGAUUGCUGGGGGCGAACCCACUUGCUCACCUGAAGAAAUGAACGCUAAAGUGCUCAAAAAAUAUGGCCGCCAGCCCUGGCAUGCUCGUGAAGUGAGCACGUACGAACAUAGACACGCAGCACAGAAGAAGAUUCUUGAAGAACAAAAACGACAGAUACUGGAACAGCAGCGCUUGAUAGAAGAGCUUCAGUUUAAGAGUACACAUGCAGAGCUACAAAAACAAUUAACUGAGCAAAAACUGGUUCUGGAGCAAAUGAAACAGCAGGUAGAACAAGGGGAACAACUUCAGGCUGAAGAAGAAAAAGGGCGACAAAUCAAUGAGGAAUAUAUUAAAAAUGGAGUUCAUGAAGAUAAACCAAGCUCAAAGACACCUAAAAGCACCUCAAAACAACAGAGACCCCAUUCUGCAAACACCAAGACUCCUAGCAAGGCCCCACCCCGGGGAAUCUCGGCAACUUCCCGACCCCAGAGUGCAGGGUCGUCCAGGGGUCAAAGGUCAAAUGGGGCUGAAACCUCAAGGACAGAAGCCCAAACAGUUGUGAAUGGAGCGAUGUCAGCGCGGACUGACGUGUCACGCCCCUCUACAUUCACCAGCACUGCAAGCGAGAAGUCCAAAUAUCUGCAGGUCCUAAAAAAUAUGGAGGACAGGUCUGCAGAGAGGGCCAGGCAAAAGAAAGAAAGAGAGGAAAGGCGCAAGUUACAAGAGGAACAAAAACUGACAGAGUUGGAGGCCCAGGCAGAGGCUCAAAAACAGCAGGAUGAGGCUGAGAAGAAAGCGAGAGCUGAGGCGUACAGGGAGAGGAAACGUCUAGAAAAACAGCGUGAAAUAGAGAGACAAACAGCAGAAGAAAAGUUGCGCCAGCAGGUAACAAUGGCAGAUCAACAUUACCAGCGUGCAAUACUGAAAUAUCGUGGAAUACUUCCCAUGCGUAAACUGGUGCAGAUGGCAAAGGAAAAUGAGAAACGGGCCGAUGAACAUUUUGAGAAUGUAUUACAGAGGAAAGUGCUGCUAGCGUGGCAUGCCGCUGUUAAGGAGGAAUGGAGGGAGAAGGAAGCUCUGGCCGAUCAGAUGUCCAACUUCCUGUGUGUGAAACACGCAUUCCAGAGCUGGAGACUGUACAAACGUCACCAGAUUAUUGAAGAGCACAAGGCUAAGAAACACUAUGAAGUGAACAUUGUGAGCAAGUUGUUUCAAGCCUGGAGGGAUUAUGCAAAUGAGGAAAAAGUGGCAUCCUGGGAAAAAGAGCGAAAGGCUAGAGAACACUAUAGAAAGUUGCUAUUGAAGAGGCAUUUCAUCGCGUGGCGUCAACUACCGCAGGAGAUUGAGAGAGAGAAGGAGAGGGAGAAGAGACGGGAAGAGUUAAGGCAGAAAGUUGCCGCCAUGUUACCAGACUUUGAGCCCACCAUUUCUGUUAGCGAGAGUCUUGUAAUAAGCUAGCGUUAGCUUGGCAUUGGGCUCCCAGUGUUCAAUAUACUGCUUGGUUUUUGUUCUUGAUUGUAUUAAUAUUUAAAUUGUGAUAUGUUUAUUAAUUACCUUUUUUGCAACUUUGAAUGUUAGGAAAUGUGCAUACCCAGGUAUUAAAAUUCUUAACUUA